AGCCGCACCAACAAACCCGGCAGCGGCGGGCUAGGGGAAAGAUGGGGGAAAAUGUCGACGCGUUUUAGCUGUGGGGUUGUGCAGAUUAAUUGACCCCAUUUCAACGAAAGCCUCACGUUAAUCUCAUAACUAAGCCCAGACGAAACACAAAUGUAGCCUCGGCGCCGCUACAGGCCGCAGUAGGCCUGGGUUUCUUACUAUAAUACUCAUGAGAGGCGGGCUAACGUUGGGAACUGAAAAUUACCCCAAAACGAAGAGUUGUGGGUUCGCUUGUAAUAUCGACACAUUACACACUAGUAAAGUUAAAAAAAUGUGUUCAAUUUAAGGGUACGCCGCGUAUUAAUUAUCUUUGCGCCAUGCUAGUGAAGGCGAAGUAGGAAAACGCGCCGUUUGUUAAUGCUAAGCAGCUAGCAUGACCCGCCAACAUCAAUCAACCGGAAAGUAUGGGCGCAGAGUACCGUGUAGCGAGAUGUGCUUUUAUACAAGUUGUCAUCAGUUUAGCGCGUUGUAUUAUGCGUGCUUCUUCGUAGUUCAACAUGCAAACGUAGUGACAAGUUGGUUCCCAGUGUUGGAUGGUUAGAUAAAUAUGCUGUCUUGAACUAAUUCAACUAAAUUGUGUAAUUCAAAUAAAAAAACUCUUUUUCAGAACACCGUAAAAUUGCAUGAUUUUCUUGUGAAAUUUGAUGUGUAUAGUUUUGUUGAGGGGAAGUGGGGGAAGUAAUGGGUGGAAUUAUACCUUAGUUGAAUAGUUGUCAUUAAUCUACGUUUCUCAUCAAUGCUGUGUUGCGGUGACAAAACAGUCAUGUGAGCUGAGCGAACCAGUUAAUUUAUCCAAAACUCAUAUAAAAACAACGAUUUCCACUAGUAAAAUCUUUCUUAUGGCAAUAUUGUUGUGUGUCUAAAUUUUAAAAUAUUGGAACGUUCUCACAUAUAUCUAGGCAAUUCAGAUCAUUUAAAUAAAGAUUGAUUUAGAUUGUCGUAGUUAUUAUUUAGUUAACGUGUAAGAGUAUUUCUCGAAAACGCUGCCAUCACAAUUCUUCACAAUACCCUCUCAGUUGCACUGGAUUGCAAUUCUUUAGUACUUUACCAAUCAAGUAGAUUUUCCACUGCAUAUCUAUUGACACGGACAAUUUUAUGAGUGUAAAACGACAGUAAUUUGAAAGGUGGGAAAUCAGCGGGCUGUUUUGGCGGUUUUUUCUAUUGGCGUUUACAACAUUAAUGUGGGCCUACAACAUUUUUGCAGUUAAUUUACAUAGUGUGACACAGGCUGUGAGCACCAUGGAUGAGCACAGUGUGCACCAGACAGAUAUUAGCACCAUCGAGGCCCAUGCCGUCAGCGGCCAGGUGCAGCAGGUUCAUGUGGCCACCUACACAGAGCACAGCAUGCUGAGUGCGGACGAGGACUCUCCCUCCUCACCCGAGGACGACGCCUAUGAUGACUCCGACAUCCUGAACUCCACGGGCACUGAUGAAGUUACGGCACACCUGGCUGCUGCAGGGCCAGUGGGUAUGGCGGCAGCAGCUGCAGUAGCAACAGGGAAGAAGAGGAAACGUCCACAUAUCUUUGAGUCCAACCCAUCCAUCCGCAAGAGGCAGCAGACGCGACUGCUCAGAAAACUGAGAGCCACCCUCGAUGAGUACACGACCCGCGUGGGUCAGCAGGCCAUCGUACUGUGCAUCUCUCCCUCUAAACCCAACGCGGUGUUCAAGGUUUUCGGCGCUGCCCCACUGGAGAACGUGGUGAGGAAGUUCAAGGGCAUGAUCCUGGAUGACCUAGAGAAUGCAUUGGCGGAACACGCUCCCCCCGCCGCUGAGCUGAGCUCUGAACUCCCGCCGCUCACCAUCGAUGGCAUCCCCGUAUCUGUGGACAAGAUGACACAGGCCCAGCUGCGAGCCUUCAUCCCCGAGAUGCUGAAGUACUCAACGGGCCGUGGGAAGCCCGGCUGGGGCAAGGAGAGCUGCAAGCCUGUGUGGUGGCCCGAUGACAUCCCCUGGGCCAACGUCCGCAGUGACGUGCGCACCGAGGAGCAGAAGCAGAGGGUGUCGUGGACGCAAGCGUUGAGGACCAUUGUGAAGAACUGCUACAAGCAGCACGGCCGUGAGGAUCUGCUCUACGCUUUCGAGGACCAGCAGGCUCCCCAAACACACUUGACCACGGCCACCGCUGCUGUCACCCAUGGCAUUGCCCAUCUGGUACCUUCGCAGACUGUGGUGCAGACCAUUAGCAACCCUGACGGCACUGUGUCCCUUAUACAAGUGGGAACUGGGGCGACUGUAGCUACGUUAGCUGAUGCCUCGGAACUCCCUGCCACUGUGACUGUGGCCCAGGUCAACUAUUCCACCAUGGCUGAUGGAGAGGUGGAGCAGAACUGGGCCACGAUACAUGGGGGAGAGAUGACCAUCCAGACACCCCAGGGAUCAGAGGCCACGCAGGCCGUGGCGUCACUAGCAGAGGCCGCUGUGGCUGCUACGCAGGACUUGCAGGCUGGAGCCACGGUCACCAUGGCACUCAACAGUGAGGCAGCAGCCCACGCAGUGGCGACACUUGCAGAGGCCACCCUGCAGGGCGGGGGGCAGAUCGUGCUGGCGGGGGAGACGGCGGCUGCAGUGGGAGCUUUGGCCGGCGUGCAGGACGCCAGCGGACUCGUCCAGAUCCCCGUCAGCAUGUACCAGACUGUGGUCACCAGCCUCACGCAGGGUAACCGCCCUGUGCAGGUGGCCAUGGCUCCUGUCGCCACACGUAUCGAAAACACAGUCACUCUGGACGGGCAGGCGGUGGAGGUCGUGACCUUGGAGCAAUGACGCUGACUUCACUGGAUUCCCUUGCGUUUCAAGUCAGGACGUGCCAAUCUCCCCCGUGUUCUCCUUUAAGAGAACCAUACUUGAGUCGGUUGGGUUUCCUUAGUCUUGUUGGAUGUGACUGAGUAAUGUACAGAUGCAUUUGUGUAAAUAUGGUUAGAGUAAUUUUUUCCACAUCCUUUUUAAGCAUUUUUUGGAAGUGCAUGAGGCAGACUGGGGAUUUCACAGGUUAUACAUUAACAGCUUACAACACACUAGAAUUUUUCCCCCCCUAUUCAAUACCAAUAGUCCUCAUAAUUUUGGACACAUUUCAGGCCUCAGAUUCGUCAGUAAAAUGCCUCUAGCUGGUGCUAUAAUCACCGUGCCCUCUGCUUAUAGGCGCUGUGUCAUUCCUCAGGUAGAUACACAUCACCAGACGGACUUCUUUUAGUGAGUACAUUGCUCACUAUAAAAUUCCAGGUAAAACAGACCAAGUUGUAGAAGGCAGGCAGAUGCUCAGACUUGGAGCGUGUGAUGGUGGUAGAUUCCAAACCAAAUGUACGAGUGUUUGAGGGUUAAGCUGCACUCCAGGUUUCUUGUCCCUCGAGGAUCUUUGCCAGGACAGCUGUGGGUAGUGCCCCCCCCCCCUCCUACCCCCAUGGGCCAAGAGGUCAUGUGCUGAGUGGGGGUCAUCUUUCAGAGAGAUGCAUGUGUUGUGUGUGGGAACCGCCCCACUCCCCUAAGACCCCAGUGGACAGGAAACCGUUGAGUUUAUUGGGCUUGUCCCAAGCAAACACUCCAGUAUGUACUGGCUGGUCCAAGGCUGUGGGUGCACUCACAGCGGUUCUGUUUGGAAGAGCAGUGUGGACAUUACUACUUUGGUUUAAUGACUUUAGGAAGUGCUUUCUCUUGUAUUUACCACUUUAUAUGAAAUUGUCAACAUUUGUUAGUGCUGAUAUGUAUUUCUUUCAUGCCAGAUCUUACCUCAAAAGGUGUGUGUUUUGAAUAAUGUUAAUUGUGAAUAAUAAUGUAAGUUUAACAUGUCUGGUCUAUUCGGCCUUUUGAACUGAUCAGAAUUUAGAGUAGGUUGACUUUUUGAUGCAAACCCACGUGAAGCAUGCAGUUACCUACUAAUCAAAGUGGACAGUUCUUCAAUAAAUCAUUUAAUGUUCACAAAAAAAAAUACUUUUUUUGUUCCCAGUGAGUUUAAACCUGAUUUUAAAAAUCCAAUUAAAAUGUUUUUUAAAAAAAAAACUAAAAAACUUUGGGUUUGGGUUUUUGACGGCACUGGUAGACCUACAUCGCACUGGGAAAAUACAUCUGGGGCAAUGUUUCCCCCCAUCCAGUCAGAAGACCGCUUUAAAUUAGAAAAACCCAAAUACACAUUGUCACCAGUUUGGUACAAGUUUAAUUAUAAACUCACAUUAAAAAUGCUAAUAGAACGGCACUUUAUGCUAAUACAAGGGGGAUAUGUCGAAAAAUCCAGCCCUAGGCUGUAGUCUCUCCAGCACCUCCUGGUUCUGGCCCGAGGUCGCAGCAGCCUCAGUACCCUUGUGAGCUGACCAGGUGACAUCUAUCAUUAUAAGAUACGCAAAACAAUUCAGCUUGCUCCUCUUGAUCUGGAGUAGCGGAAGCUCUGUUAUGAGGUUCCUCUGGAUUGUCACAGUCUGUAAAAGAGAAGCCAGAAAGUAUGCAGAGAAACCUCAUUUUGGCCAGUUGUACUAGUGACAUAUGUCUGUGUAGUUUCUUCAAGACGUUCCACCUCUCAUCCGAAUGGUUCCUUCAUUUCUGAACUUUUGGAUGGGAGGUGAAACGUCUUCAAGAAAUUGAAAAAGUUCAGUUGCCUUCAAUUCAAGCCCUUAAGAUGGUACUUGUGACCUUCUCUUUUCAGUCAUUACCAACAGCUGGUGACCUAAAGGUGAGGAUGGAGACAGAUUUUGUUCUCUCUUCACCGCCACAGUUCUGCAAAACCAUGGUCACUAAACAAAUCUGCCCUUUUGCUAUCAUUCAUGAGCAAGAUCCUGUGAUAUUUCCUCACUAAGGAAUGACUCUCAUCUCAGCUGAAAGGAGAAAUCCAUAUUUUUGAGAGCGCACCAAUGCCUCAGAUUUUGCUAAUUCUAAUCCCUGCCACUUCUCAUUCAGCAUCACACUGUGUAUGUUAGAGGUCCUGGUGACAUGAGGCCAGAGGUGUGGCAACAGGACAUGCAAGGAAGGCGAUUUCCUGGGGCCCUGAGUGGAGAAGGGCCCCCCCGAGGGCAGUUCAUUUCCGAGUACAUUGCAUUGACAAAUCUGCUUUAUUUGUGUAUUCUGUUUUCACAAAAGUGAAAAUAAAGGACUUGCAUUUA